CGGCACGGCCGCUUGGAAUUCAGUUGCAUUGCGCGAUCGUUGGCGUUGGUAUCGAGACGCGGCCCUUAUUCCGACCUAAAAUUUAUUGUGCGUUUUCACAGUGAGCGGAGCAGCGAACCGACCAGAAGCACGAUGGAAGCGAAAAUCAUAUCCGGCACGGCAAUAGCCAAGCUUAUUCACGAGGAGUUGCGCCUGAAGGUGAACGAGCUGCUGCAAUCGGGACCACAAUUUGUGCCCGGAUUGCGGAUCGUGCAGGUGGGUGGACGCGAGGACUCCGAUGUCUACAUUAGAAUGAAGAUCGAGGCAGCCAGGAAGAUCGGCAUCAGUGCCGUUCACAUCAAGCUGCCACGCUCUAUUUCCGAACUGGAGUUGCUCGAUAAGCUGCGCGAGCUGAACGAAGAUCCCCAGGUGCAUGGCAUCAUUGUGCAGAUGCCGCUGGACUGUGAGACGAACAUCGAUUCGCAUCGCAUCACGAAUGCAGUUUCACCUGCCAAGGAUGUGGAUGGUCUCCACACAAUGAACGAGGGACGUGUGGCUAUUGGGGAUUUGUGCACCGGUUUCGUGCCCUGCACACCAAUGGGCUGCAUGGAGCUGAUCCGACGCACUGGCGUCGAAAUUGCCGGUGCCAAUGCCGUUGUUCUCGGUCGCAGCAAAAUUUUGGGCACCCCCGCUGCCGAGCUGCUCAAAUGGGCAAAUGCCACGGUCACCGUUUGCCACUCGAAGACCCGCAACGUGGAUGAGAUAACACGCAGGGCGGACAUUCUGCUGGUGGGCAUUGGUGUGACGGAGAUGGUCAAGGGUUCGUGGAUAAAGCCCGGCGCUGUUGUCAUCGAUUGUGGCAUGAAUUUUAAGCCAGACGCAACUAAGAAGCUUGGCAAUCGACUGGUGGGCGACGUGGACUUCGAGGAGGCCAAGCUUGUGGCUGGACAUAUAACACCGGUGCCCUUCGGUGUCGGUCCCAUGACCGUGGCCAUGUUGAUGAAGAACACUGUGGUAUCGGCCACCCGGGCAGCGGUGCGUGCCAAACUCACACGUUGGCCCAUCGAGCUGCUCCCACUAAAUCCAUUGCGUCCCGUUCCCAGCGACAUUGUUAUUGCACGCGCUCAGCGUCCCAAAAAUAUUGGUCAGCUGGCCGAGGAGAUUGGAUUGCUGCCGAACGAGGUGUCUUUGUAUGGCAAUAGCAAGGCAAAGAUCUCGCUGAGUGUGCUGCAGCGUCUGCAGCAUCAGCAAUCGGGCAGCUAUAUCGUCGUGGCUGGCAUAACACCCACCCCACUUGGCGAGGGUAAGACAACGACACUGAUGGGUCUGGUGCAAGCGCUGGGAGCGCACAAGCAGCGCAACGUGAUGGCCGCACUGCGUCAGCCGUCGCAGGGGCCAACGUUUGGCAUUAAGGGUGGCGCCGCCGGUGGUGGCUAUGCUCAGGUCAUACCGAUGGAGGAGUUCAAUUUACAUUUAACCGGUGACAUUCAUGCCGUUUCCGCGGCCAAUAAUCUGGUUGCCGCCCAGCUGGAUACGCGCAUUUUCCACGAGGCCACGCAAUCGGAUGAGGCACUCUACAAUCGACUUGUGCCGUCUAUGAAGGGUCAGCGAAAGUUCAGUCCGAUCCAGUUGCGGCGUCUGCAACGUUUGGGCAUUGAUAAAACCGAUCCCGCUACUCUCACCCCAGCGGAGGCUAAAGCAUUUUCACGCUUAGACAUUGAUACGGAUACGAUAAUGUGGGAGCGUGUCGUGGAUGUUAAUGAUAGGUAUUUGCGUGAGAUAACCAUUGGCCAGUCGCCCACCGAACAGGGCCGUACACGCAAGACACGCUUCUCCAUUGCAGUGGCCAGUGAGAUCAUGGCUGUGCUCGCUCUGUCCAAUAAUCUGGCUGAUAUGAAGGAGCGACUGGGACAAAUGGUGGUGGCUUUUGAUAAAGCAGGCAAACCGGUGAUUGCCGAUGAUUUGGGUGUUACGGGCGCCAUCGCUGUGCUGCUGAAGGAUGCACUCGAGCCAAAUCUGAUGCAAUCUCUGGAGGGAACACCAGUUCUCGUUCACGCCGGCCCCUUUGCCAACAUUGCUCAUGGCUGUAAUUCCAUAAUAGCCGACGAGAUCGGUCUGAAGCUGGUGGGCAGCGAGGGUUUCGUGUGCACCGAGGCGGGCUUUGGAUCCGACAUUGGCAUGGAGAAGUUCUGCAACAUCAAGUGUCGCAAUUCCGGACGCAAACCGGACGCCAUGGUCCUCGUCACAACAGUACGGGCCAUUAAGAUGCAUGGUGGAGGUGAUGCGGUCAAGCCGGGCACACCACUCAGCAAACAGUAUACGGAGGAGAAUCUGGAGCUGCUGGAGAAGGGAUUGCCAAAUCUAUUGCAGCACAUCUCUAAUGGACGCGCAUUUGGUAUGCCCGUAAUCGUUUCCAUCAAUGCCCAUGUGGCCGAUACGGCCGCCGAGCAUGAGCUGCUCAAGAAGGCUGCAUUGCAGGGAGGCGCUUUUGAUGCGGUGCUUUCCACCCACUGGGCAGAUGGUGGUGCUGGUGCUGUCCCCCUUGCCGAGGCCGUCAUUAGGGCCUGCCAGCUGGAGAACAAGUUCGAGCUGCUCUACGACUUGGAGCUGCCGCUGGUGGACAAGAUAAACAAGAUUGCCCAGACUAUGUACGGUGCGGGCAAAGUGGAAUUAUCCAAGGAAGCCAUCGUCCAGGUGGAACGUCUUACAAAGGCAGGCUUUGGCAAAUUGCCUGUGUGCAUGUCGAAGACGUCCGGCUCUCUCACUGGCAAUCCCAACAUGAAGGGCGCACCCAAAGGCUUCACCCUGAACGUUGAGAGUCUUUAUGUGUCGGCUGGUGCCGGCUUUGUGGUGGCCAUGUGCGGUGAUAUUAGCAAAAUGCCGGGACUCACAACUCGCCCUGCCAUCUACGACAUUGAUCUGAACAGCGAAACUGGACUAAUCGAGGGACUGUUUUAACUUGACAAUACAUUUGAUCGUUUCCUCUUCACAAAAUUUCAUGUAAUCGCAAAUUUAAGUUAAAUGUUUUGUAUCAGAUGAUGUCUGCCACUUUGGCCUACUCUAAAUUGUAUGAACAUUAGAAGAAAGAAAAGAACAUAAAUAAUUAUUAAUAUGGUAAAUCACGCUGACUUAGUCUGAAUCAACAGAUAUCAAAUUAAAUGUUUAAAUAAAUGUAGUGUAUUGCAAAAA